AUGGAUCUUCAAGGCACUCCCCUCCCCCACGGCGCCCGCAGCACCAAGGUCACCACCGACCCCAGCUCUCAGCAGCCCAUCCAGGAGUCUACUGGCCCCAUCACCAACGACUCUCUUGCUGCUGAGUCCGUCCGCGAAGGCGGUGCCUUCUCCGGCAACCGUGGCGCCGAGCCCAUGGGUGUCUCUGGCAACCAGUCCACUGUCAACAACACCGACACUUCUUCCGCCACUACCCUUGGCUCCGUUCCCGUUGGAGGUCUCCGCGAGAACCGCGAGGACCAGCAGAAGUACCCUGAGGCCCUUGGUGGUCAGGGCAACUUCCCUGGCGCUCAUCUCUCCCAGUCCGGCUACGUUGGUGGCCCCACUGGCGCUAAGCAGGAGAUGGGCAUCAACGCUGGCCAGUACUCUACUGCCAGCGGCAGUAGCAAGAGCCAGUACAACGAUGGCCAGGCCCCUUCCUACGUCAGUGACGUGACUGGUGACAUCCAGCACCCCAAGCCCGACGGUCGCAACGUUCACGAGGGCGGCUUCCACUCCAACGACGCGAAGAACGCCAGCUUCAACGCCGAGAUUGGUUCUGACCAGGACCCUGGUCGUGAGGCUAUCAACCAGUUCCAGCGCAGCAAUGCCCACACCGCCAAUGACUCUGGUCGCGCUGAUGAGAAGAAGGUCAACGCCCGGACUCCCUACGAGCACUUGGAGCAGGACCAGCGUGCCUAA